GUACAGAUGAAGUUGAAAGGUGCGGCCGCAACGUGGUAUAAUACCAACAAGAUGUUUUUAAGGAGUCUAGAUGCCGUGCUCAAAGAGAUGACUGCAAUAUUUGCACGUAGUGACAAUCUUCUGGUUACGCGACGCCGUUUCGAAAAACGCAGCUGGUGUUAUGAGGAAUCGUUUGCUAACUAUUUCAAUGAGAAGUGUUUGCUAAGCAGCGGUUUGAACCUGGUCGACACGGAGCUAGUCGAAUAUAUAAUCGACGGUAUCCCAGAUAAGCAGCUACAGGUCCAGGCGAAACUGCAAAAUUUCCCAACAGCCAGCAGCUUGGUGAAGGCGUUUCGUACAAUUGAGUUGCCGCAACGUUCAUCUCCAAGGCCCAGCGAGGACAGAGUCAGGUGUUACAACUGCAACAGUUACGGCCAUUUGUCGAGAGAGUGCAGAAAAGCAAAGCGCGAAUUAGGUACCUGUUUUGCUUGCGGAGAAAAGGGCCACUACGCUUCAAGAUGCAGUAAAUACAAGAAGAGUCCACCGGCGAAUAAUUUCAAUGCCUAGUCGAUUCCGGGAGCCCCAUAAGCUUGAUCAGGGAAUGCUUAGUGCCGGGAAGAGUUAAAUUGCAGGAAGAGAAAUGUAUUUACUAUGGAUUAAAUAUGUCUGAAUUAAAAAUUGUUGGUAAAACCAAGUGUAAAAUUGAAGUUCUUAAUAAACACGUUUUGAUUGAACUUAUGGUGGUCCCUAAUGAAUCGGUUGGCUGUUCAGUUGUGUUAGGUCGAAAUUUUAUUACGGCUAGUAAUGCUAAACUAAAAAUUGGUUCGGUAGAAUUUAUGAGUCAAAGUGAAAAUACUGGUGUGGAAAAUUAUUGCGAAGGUUAUGUUGAAAAUGUAAAGGAAAAUGAUAACGUACACAAAGAAAUAGAUACGGCUAUAAGAGAGAUUCUGACAAUUGAGGUGCAGGACGCAAACAAAGUUGAGUAUGUGAUAGGACACGAAGUUAGUGCUAGUAAUAAAAAACGUUUCGAAGAUAUGUUUUACAAAGAGUAUAUACAGGCAGUUAAACCAGAAGUGCCCGCGGUUAAAAAAAGAGAUUCGCCUAGUUUUAGAAAACAAUAA